CGGCCAGAGACCGUUGCCGAGGCUGCGGAGGCGUCCGAGCCUGCCAAGCCUACUGCCGAGACGGCCGAGGCUGCGGCUGGCUCCAGCAGCGACCACAAGAAGAAGAACCGCGGCUUCUUUGGCUUCUUCAAGCGCAUGUUCCAAUAAGCACGCCUCAGUACCUCGUCGCUUUUUUGUAUCUGAACCGUUCGUUUUUAUCGCACUUAUCUCUCUUUUUCUUUUCUAAUCCCAACUAUUCACCAUUCUUGCUAUGUGUGGCGUGCUUGCGAUGACAAUUGCCUCUUUCGAAUGGGUCGCCCUGGUGAUGCAGCUUUGUGAUUAAAAAGCCGCAGUAGCUGACUUCAUCGAUAGCAAGGAUGCUGGGCAUCGAAAAGGGAUCACUCCGCGCACACACGACACUAGCCGUGUCUCGGCUUUUUUUCUCCUCUGUUUUCUUCAUUCUCCAGAGCUCGUCUAUUCAUCACUAUUAUCUGCUUUCUUGCCUCGGGUACCGUCCGAUGGAGACCGACUACUUGCUUACCCAGGACCAUCGAGCUCCUGGCAAUGACUCGGCGCCAAAGCCACUGCACAGACGGGCCGUCUUUUGGCUCGCUCUGCUUCUAGCGGGUCUUGGCGCUCUAACCUGGGCCCUACUCCCCGGCACCAGCACACCGCCCCCAGCACACCCGCCCCAGUCAGUCCCAUCGCUGUGGGGGAGCGACAAGGUGCAAGUUGAGCUUUUCGUGAUGUCCCGGUGUCCCGAUGCGCUCAAGGUCGAAGAGGUCUUCGGCAGCGUCGUGCCCGCAGUGUACUCCAUCAUGGACGUGCAGCUGAACUUCAUUGCGGAGCUCAACCCCAAUGCGACGUUUGGUGCGACGUGUAUGCACGGCGACGCCGAGUGUCAGGGCAACAUCGAGGAGCUCUGCGCGCUGAAGCAUAAGCCCGACCUGCCGUCAUUCUGGCGCUUUCUGACCUGUCUCAACAAUCACUUUAGCGAUAUUGGCAGGGACGCCGAUUUGUCGCUAAAGUGCGCCAGCAGCGCGGGAUUGGAUACGGCGGCGUUCUUGGCUUGUACGACGCAGGGCGAGGGGCUGGCCCUGUUCAAGCAGUCGGUGGAGGCUGCCGUGUUUGCUGGUGUCAAGACAAGCGCUACUGUGUAUAUUGACGGCAGCCUGCGGUGCGUUGAGGACGGCGGGUGGUAUUCGUGCCCAGGCGGGUAUCGCCCAACCGACUUUAUCCGUGACAUUUGCAACGCAUAUAAGGGAUCGGCACCGAAACCGUCCAUCUGUGGCCAGUACCGGCCUCCCAGCGGCAUCCACAAAAUGCCAGCACUCGUUUAAGCAUGUAGAACCAACAACUUUGUCUUUACAUUAAUGCGACUCUAGUCAGACUGCCAAACAAGAGUAGCGUAUGCUAGGGCGUCAUAUCCGCCGGUAUCUAUAGCCCCUCAUGUCUUUUGGCUUCUCGACGCUGCGAAGCUUGUGAGUCUUCAUUUCAUCCAGCAGCUUGGCCAUGAACGUCGGGUCCUUGUGGGGUGCCUCAGGAUGGUCCUCCAAUGAAGCCGCCGGCUUCAGUCCGAUGGACGAUGGCUUGCGGUACUGCGUCUGCCGGGCCCUCCGCUGAACUGUGCCCGAGGCUCUACGCUGCGGCCCGGCCGACGAUACCGACGGGCUCCUUGACAAGAAAUCCAAAUGCCGCCUGCUCGAAGCAAUGCAAUAGUCUCCACUACCCGGCCACUCCGCU